UCAAUCCCCAGUUCCACCAAAAAAAAAAACAAAACUGAAUCUAAAUUGGAUCCUGUUUCGUCAAGAUGGUGCUGCUGGAGAGCAAGCAGUUCGUGACCGAGCUGACCAGUCUCUUCCCGAAGUGCCAGACGUCAGGCAGCGUGUUCAUCACCCUGAAGAAGUAUGAUGGUCGAACCAGAUCCAUCCCAAAGAAGGGCUCUGUGGAGGGCUUUGAGCCUGCAGAUAACAAAUGUCUGCUGAGAGCUACGGAUGGGAAAAGGAAGAUCAGCACUGUGGUGAGCUCUACAGAAGUGAGUAAGUUUCAGAUGGCCUAUUCAAGCCUGCUGAGGGCUAACAUGGACGGGCUGAAGAAGAGAGACAAGAAGAACAAGAGUAAGAAGGCCAGAACACCACAGUGA